CUGGUGGUAGAAUAUUGAAGGUGGUGCGUGGUGUGGCAAUCAAUAAAGCUGAUUUUUCCUGCAUGGUGUUGAACGCCUUGAGGAUUCUUGGAGUUCCACUCAUCCAGUAUUUCUAUAGGAAGAGCCUUUAAGAGAGAAGUUUACGGAAACUGGGUACAAGAUGUGGCUUUAUUGCCUUCUAUUAGUUGCCAUGGUUCGGGGGCAGUGCGCCGUCAAUGAUACAUCAUCGUCAACUGAAACAACAGAAGAAAGCACAUCAACAGCCCCAUCUACAACUGUAACCGCAUCUUCAAUCACUUUAGCCUCAACAAGUGUAACAACAGAAUAUGUGACAUCUUCUGGAACCUCAGAAGGAAGCACUUCAACAGAGGCCAUCACUACUGUGAUCACUUCUUCAGCAGCUGCAACACCAACAUCAACAGCUACAUCAUCAUCACAUUCAACAUCAGAACAAAGCACCUCAAUAGCAUCAUCUACAACUGCAAAUACGUCUUCAACCAUGUUAGCCUCAAUAAAUGAAACAACAGAAUAUGUGACAUCUUCUGGAACCUUGGAAGGAAGCAUUUCAACAGAGGCCAUCACUACUGUGAUCACUUCCCCAGCAACUACAACACCAGAAUCAACAGCUACAUCAUCAACAUCAUCUUUAGCAACAGAAGAAGGUACUUCAACAGCCGCAUCUACAAUGGUAACAACAUCUUCAACCACUUUAGCCUCAACAAGUGAAACAACAGAAGAUUGGGCAUCUUCUGGAACCUCUGAAGGAAGCACUUCAACAGAGGCAAUCACUACUGUGACCACUUCCCCAGCAACUACAACACCAGAAUCAAGAGCUACAUCAACAUCAUUACCUUCAACAUCAGAAGAAACAGCCCCAUCUGCAGCUGUAACCACGUCUUCAAACACUUUAUCCUCAACAAGUGAAACAACAGCAGAUUGGACAUCUUCUGGAACCUCAGAAGGAAGCACCUCCACAGAGGCACUCGCUACUGUGACCACUCCCCCAGCAACUACACCAGAAUCAACAGAAGAUUGGACGUCUUCUGGAGCCUGGGAAAGAAGUUCCUCAACAGUGACCACAUCCCCAGCAACUACAACACCAGAAUCAACAGCUUCAUCAUCAUCAUCACCUUCAACAUCAGAAGAAAGCACCUCAACAGCCCCAUCUACAACAGUAACACCACAUUCAACCACUUUAGCCUCAACAGGUGAAACAACAGAAUAUGGGAUAUCUUCUGGAACCUCGGAAGGAAGCACAUCAACAGAGACCAUCAUUACUGAGGUCACUUCCCCAGCAACUACAACACCCGAAUCAACAGAAUAUUGGGCAUCUUCUGGAACCUCUGAAGGAAGCACCUCAACAGAGGCCAUCACUACUGUGGUCACUUCCCCAGCAACUACAACACCAGAAUCAACAGAAUAUUGGGCAUCUUCUGGAACCUCGGAAGGAAGCAGCUCAACAGAGGCCAUCACUACUGUGGUCACUUCCCCAGCAACGACAACACCAGAAUCAACAGAAUAUUGGGCAUCUUCUGGAACCUCGGAAGGAAGCACCUCAACAGAGGCCAUCACUACUGUGGUCACUUCCCCAGCAACUACAACACCAGAAUCAACAGAAUAUUGGGCAUCUUCUGGAACCUCUGAAGGAAGCACCUCAACAGAGGCCAUCACUACUGUGGUCACUUCCCCAGCAACUACAACACCAGAAUCAACAGAAUAUUGGGCAUCUUCUGGAACCUCGGAAGGAAGCAGCUCAACAGAGGCCAUCACUACUGUGGUCACUUCCCCAGCAACGACAACACCAGAAUCAACAGAAUAUUGGGCAUCUUCUGGAACCUCGGAAGGAAGCACCUCAACAGAGGCCAUCACUACUGUGGUCACUUCCCCAGCAACUACAACACCAGAAUCAACAGAAUAUUGGGCAUCUUCUGGAACCUCGGAAGGAAGCAGCUCAACAGAGGCCAUCACUACUGUGGUCACUUCCCCAGCAACGACAACACCAGAAUCAACAGAAUAUUGGGCAUCUUCUGGAACCUCGGAAGGAAGCAGCUCAACAGAGGCCAUCACUACUGUGGUCACUUCCCCAGCAACUACAACACCAGAAUCAACAGAAUAUUGGGCAUCUUCUGGAACCUCUGAAGGAAGCACCUCAACAGAGGCCAUCACUACUGUGGUCACUUCCCCAGCAACUACAACACCAGAAUCAACAGCUACAUCAUCAUCAUCACCUUCAACAUCAGAAGAAAGCACCUCAACACCCCCAUCUACGACAGUAACACCACAUUCAACCACUUUAGCCUCAACAAGUGAAACAACAGAAUAUGGGAUAUCUUCUGGAACCUCGCAUGGAAGCACAUCAGCAGAGGCCAUCACUACUGUGAUCACUUCCCCAGCAACUACAACACCAGAAUCAAGAGCUACACCAUCAUCAUCACCUUCAACAUCAGAAGACAGCACCUCAACAGCCCCACCUACGACUGUAACCACAUCUGCAGGCACUUUCACCUCAACAAAAGAUGGGACAUCUUCUGGAACCUCACAAGGAAGCACCUCAAUAGAGGCCAUCACUACUGUGGUCACUUCCCCAGCAACUACAACACCUGAAUCAACAGUUACACCAUCAUCAUCACUUUCAACAUCAGAAGACAGCACCUCAAAAGCCCCACCUACGACCGUAACCACUUCUGCAGCCACUUUAGCCUCAACAAUUGAAACAACAGAAUAUUGGACAUCAUCUGGAACCUCGGAAGGAAGCACCUCAACAGAGGCCAUUACUACUGUGGUCUCUUCCCCAGCAACUACAACACCAGAAUCAACAGCUUCACCAUCAUCAUCACCUUCAACAUCAGAAGAAAGCACCUCAAUAGCCCCAUCUACAACAGUAACAGCAUCUUCAACCACUUUAGCCUCAACAAGAGAAACAACAGGUUCCGGGACAUCUUCUGGAACCUCGGAAGGAAGCACUUCAACAGAGGCCAUCACUAGUGUGGCCUCUUCCCCAGCAACUACAACAUCAGAAUCAACAGCUACACCAUCAUCAUCACCUUCAACAUCAGAAGACAGCACCUCAACAGCCCCACUUACAACCGUAACCACAUCUGCAGCCACUCUAGCCUCAACAAGUGAAACAACAGAAUAUGGGACAUCUUCUGGAUCCUCGGAACGAAGUACUUCAACAGAGGCUAUCACUACUGUGACCAACUCCCCAACAACUGCAACACAAGAAUCGACAGCUUCACCAUCAUCAUCACCAUCAACAUCAGAAGAAAGCACCUCAAUAGCCCCAUCUACAACAGUAACAGCAUCUUCAACCACUUUAGCCUCAACAAGAGAAACAACAGGAUACGGGACAUCUUCUGGAACCUCGGAAGGAAGCACUUCAACAGAGGCCAUCACUAGUGUGGCCUCUUCCCCAGCAACUACAACAUCAGAAUCAACAGAUACAUCAUCAUCAUCACCUUCAACAUCAGAAGACAGCACCUCAAAGGCUCCAUCUACGACUGUAACCACAUCUGCAGCCACUUUAGCCUCAACAAGUGAAACAACAGAAUAUGGGACAUCUUCUGGAUCCUCGGAACGAAGUACUUCAACAGAGGCUAUCACUACUGUGACCACUUCCCCAACAACUACAACACCAGAAUCGACAGCUUCACCAUCAUCAUCACCAUCAACAUCAGAAGAAAGCACCGCAAUAGCACCAUCUACAACAGUAACAGCAUCUUCAACCACUUUAGCCUCAACAAGAGAAACAACAGGAUACGGGACAUCUUCUGGAACCUUGGAAGGAAGAACUUCAACAGAGGCCAUCACUAGUGUGGCCUCUUCCCCAGCAACUACAACAUCAGAAUCAACAGCUACACCAUCAUCAUCACCUUCAACAUCAGAAGACAGCACCUCAACAGCCCCACUUACAACCGUAACCACAUCUGCAGCCACUUUAGCCUCAACAAGUGAAACAACAGAAUAUGGGACAUCUUCUGGAUCCUCGGAACGAAGUACUUCAACAGAGGCUAUCACUACUGUGACCAACUCCCCAACAACUGCAACACAAGAAUCGACAGCUUCACCAUCAUCAUCACCAUCAACAUCAGAAGAAAGCACCUCAAUAGCCCCAUCUACAACAGUAACAGCAUCUUCAACCACUUUAGCCUCAACAAGAGAAACAACAGGAUACGGGACAUCUUCUGGAACCUCGGAAGGAAGCACUUCAACAGAGGCCAUCACUAGUGUGGCCUCUUCCCCAGCAACUACAACAUCAGAAUCAACAGAUACAUCAUCAUCAUCACCUUCAACAUCAGAAGACAGCACCUCAAAGGCUCCAUCUACGACUGUAACCACAUCUGCAGCCACUUUAGCCUCAACAAGUGAAACAACAGAAUAUGGGACAUCUUCUGGAUCCUCGGAACGAAGUACUUCAACAGAGGCUAUCACUACUGUGACCACUUCCCCAACAACUACAACACCAGAAUCGACAGCUUCACCAUCAUCAUCACCAUCAACAUCAGAAGAAAGCACCGCAAUAGCACCAUCUACAACAGUAACAGCAUCUUCAACCACUUUAGCCUCAACAAGAGAAACAACAGGAUACGGGACAUCUUCUGGAACCUUGGAAGGAAGAACUUCAACAGAGGCCAUCACUAGUGUGGCCUCUUCCCCAGCAACUACAACAUCAGAAUCAACAGCUACACCAUCAUCAUCACCUUCAACAUCAGAAGACAGCACCUCAACAGCCCCACUUACAACCGUAACCACAUCUGCAGCCACUUUAGCCUCAACAAGUGAAACAACAGAAUAUGGGACAUCUUCUGGAUCCUCGGAACGAAGUACUUCAACAGAGGCUAUCACUACUGUGACCAACUCCCCAACAACUGCAACACAAGAAUCGACAGCUUCACCAUCAUCAUCACCAUCAACAUCAGAAGAAAGCACCUCAAUAGCCCCAUCUACAACAGUAACAGCAUCUUCAACCACUUUAGCCUCAACAAGAGAAACAACAGGAUACGGGACAUCUUCUGGAACCUCGGAAGGAAGCACUUCAACAGAGGCCAUCACUAGUGUGGCCUCUUCCCCAGCAACUACAACAUCAGAAUCAACAGAUACAUCAUCAUCAUCACCUUCAACAUCAGAAGACAGCACCUCAAAGGCUCCAUCUACGACUGUAACCACAUCUGCAGCCACUUUAGCCUCAACAAGUGAAACAACAGAAUAUGGGACAUCUUCUGGAUCCUCGGAACGAAGUACUUCAACAGAGGCUAUCACUACUGUGACCACUUCCCUAACAACUACAACACCAGAACCGACAGCUUCACCAUCAUCAUCACCAUCAACAUCAGAAGAAAGCACCGCAAUAGCCCCACCUACAACAGUAACAGCAUCUUCAACCACUUUAGCCUCAACAAGAGAAACAACAGGAUACGGGACAUCUUCUGGAACCUCGGAAGGAAGCACUUCAACAGAGGCCAUCACUAGUGUGGCCUCUUCCCCAGCAACUACAACAUCAGAAUCAACAGAUACAUCAUCAUCAUCACCUUCAACAUCAGAAGACAGCACCUCAAAGGCUCCAUCUACGACUGUAACCACAUCUGCAGCCACUUUAGCCUCAACAAGUGAAACAACAGAAUAUGGGACAUCUUCUGGAUCCUCGGAAGGAAGUACUUCAACAGAGGCUAUCACUACUGUAGCCACUUCCCCAACAACUACAACACCAGAAUCGACAGCUUCACCAUCAUCAUCACGUUCAACAUCAGAAGAAAGCACCUCAAUAGCCCCAUCUACAACAGUAACAGCAUCUUCAACCACUUUAGCCUCAACAAGAGAAACAACAGGAUACGGGACAUCUUCUGGAACCUUGGAAGGAAGAACUUCAACAGAGGCCAUCACUAGUGUGGCAUCUUCCCCCGCAACUACAACAUCAGAAUCAACAGAUACAUCAUCAUCAUCACCUUCAACAUCAGAAGACAGCACCUCAAAGGCUCCAUCUACGACUGUAACCACAUCUGCAGCCACUUUAGCCUCAACAAGUGAAACAACAGAAUAUGGGACAUCUUCUGGAUCCUCGGAAGGAAGUACUUCAACAGAGGCUAUCACUACUGUGACCACUUCCCCAACAACUACAACACCAGAAUCGACAGCUACAUCAUCAUCAACACUUUCAACAUCAGAAGAAAGCACCUCAACACCCCCAUCUACAACAGUAACAGCAUCCUCAACCACUUUAGCCUCAACAAGUGAAACAACAGAAUAUGUGACAUCAUCUGGAACCUCGGAAGGAAGCAUUUCAACAGACGCCAUCACUACUGUGACCACUUCCCCAGCGACUACAACACCGGAAUCAACAGCUACAUUCUCAUCAUCACCUUCAACUUCAGAAGACAGCACUUCAACAGCCCCAUCUACAACAGUAACAACAUCUUCAACCACUUCAGCCUCAACAAGUGAAACAACAGAAGAUGGGACAUCUUCUGGAACCUCGGAAGGAAGCACUUCAACAGAGGCCAUCACUACUGUGACCACUUUGCCAGCAACUGCAACACCAGAAUCAACAGCUACAUUCUCAUCAUCACCUUCAACUUCAGAAGAAAGCAGCUCCACAGAACCAUCUACAACAGUAACAACAUCUUCAAGCACUUCAGCCUCAACAAGUGAAACAACAGAAUAUGUGACAUCUUCUGGAACCUCGGAAGGAAGCACUUCCACAGAGGCAAUCACUACUGUGACCACUUCCCCAGCAACUACAACACCAGAAUCAACAGCUACACCAUCGUCAUCACCUUCAACAUCAGAAGACAGCAUCUCAACAGUCCCAUCUACGACUGUAACCACAUCUUCAAACACUUUAGCCUCAACAAGUGAAACAACAGAAUAUGGGACAUCUUCUGGAACCUCGGAAGGAAGCACUUCAACAGAGGCCAUCACUACUGUCAUCACUUCCCCAGCAACUACAACACCAGAAUCAACAGCUACAAUAUCAUCAUCACCUUCAACAUCAGAAGAAAGAACCUCAACAGCCCCAUCUACAACUGUAUCCACAUCUUCAGCCGCUUUAGCCUCAACAAGUCAAACAACAGGUAUUUAUAAUGCUACCCAACUGUCACUGUUCAAGCUUCUCUCUGAUAAAUCUUGA